UUUUUUUUUAAAUAAAUAAGGUGAGAUUACAAAGUAAAAAGACCUUAUAACAAUAGAUCUAAAAAAAAACAAGCAAUUAUGUUUAGCAGAAUAAAAAGCUUCCUUACUACUUAUAACACCAAUCAAAUAAGUGAGAUAACAAAUAGGCCAAUACAUUGCUUCAUUUAUCGGUUUAUUCAACUUUGCAUUACAGCUUAUAUAAUUUUAUUAAUUGUUGAGGGUAAAUUGUAUUUAAAAACGGAUCCUCCAAUACCUGGCGCGGUAAGAUUAACAUUACAAGAACCAAAUAAUUUUACAAAACCCUCAUAUUGUGUGGAAUCGUCACCAACCACAAAUCCGCCAAGCUGUGCAGAAGAUAAAUUACCCUGCGUAUAUUGGGGAGCAAAAGAAAUUCAAUAUCCAAUUGAAGAAACGGGCGUAGCAUUUUUUACUACAAGAGCAAGUAUAGUAAAAUAUCCACAAGGAACAUGCAAAAUUUUAGCAUCAUCACCCGAAGAUGCUUGUAUAAUUAAUUCUCGUAAAUCUUCUGGCGAAUCUGUAAUGAAUAGUUCUUUUAUAGCUGAUAUUGAAAAUUAUACUGUUAUGAUUGAACAUUCCAUUGCCUCUAUCGAUGGAAAAAUUUUACUUAAGAAUAGACUUAUGGAUGGUCAAUUUUUAUCUGCUGAUGAUACGACAGUAAUUAAAUCAUGGUGGGCCAAUAGUAAUGAAGCCGAUGGUGAUAUUUUAACAAUGAAAGAAAUUUUGGAUGCUGCAGGCGCGGACUUAAGCGCUUGCUCAUCUGCUCCUGGCGCAAAUAAAGAUGUAAACGAGUCAAAUAGAUCCUCUGGUAUUAUUAUCGUAAUUGUAAUACACUAUGAAUAUUAUCAAAAUCCACGUCCAAUCUCGUUAUUUGUCAAUAAUGUUUACAAUUAUAAAUAUAAGCCAAGAAUUAUUGAUGAUGCUGAAUACAAAAUAAUUGAAGCUACUUCUAAUAUUGAUGAUGGUUCAUAUAUAAUUAAGAAUCGGCAUGGGAUUCGGCUUGUAUUUCAUCAACAUGGAAAAAUUAGGUCAUUCAGCUGGACAGAUUUAAUUAUAAAUAUCACGGCAUCACUUUAUUCAUAUAGAGUUGUAUCCUUAAUUAUGGAUUUUUCAAUAAGGCAUGAAGUGGAUACAUGGUUUAGAGGAAUUUUUCGUUCGAAUAGGAAUAAUGAUAUUGAAAACAAUGAAGAUAAUGAAGAAACCCUACCUCUCAUCAGAUAUGAAGAUGAAAAUGAAAAUGAACAAAUAUAGAAUAUUCUAGUUUUAGAAAUAUAGAAUUUUUUGUCACAUAAAUAGAAUAUUAGAAUUUGCCAACGGUGCAGGCAUUUAUUUUGCUUAUUUUUAUUAAUUUAUUUUAUCACAAUAAAGAGUAAAUUUGAGUUAGAAAUCCAUUAAUUAAAUAAA